UUGGCCGGACCGGAAGUGGUGUUGCUCCGGGUCGGAACACUUCCUACUUCCGCAAACACCGCUCCCUCCGUGCAGCAGCUUCUGUCCGGUUAUCGCUUCAUCAAUGCGGCGCUUCGCUGCUGCCUCCGGGUUCCGGUUCAAACUCUCCUCGGUGCGGACAUUUAUGACUGAUUGAUCGGCGUCAUGACGGCCAACAGCCGCUGUUCCGCUGCGGAGCCUCCGGGCCUGGAGACCCAGCGGCGGGAGAUCGAGUCUCUGCUGCGGGAGUGUGAGCUCUGUGCUGGGGACAGUUGGUACGUGGUGGAGCAUCGCUGGUUCGAACAGUGGAAGGAGUUCGUGGAGACUGGAGACCAGAACUCGUCGUCCUUCCCCGGUCAGAUCGACAACACCGAGCUAUUCGAGGAUCUGGACUCGUACCACCUGAAGGAGCGUCUGGUGGAGAAUGAAGACUUUGUGUUGGUGCCGGCUGAGGCCUGGCACAAGCUGCUGACCUGGUACAGCAUGGUGGUCGGUCAACCGCCGCUAGAACGCAAGGUGGUGGACCUUCCCAGCACUCUGAAGGUGGAGGUUUACCCCGUUGAGAUCUUUCUCUGUCUCCAUAGCAACAUGGACAACCUCAUCACGGCACAGUUCAGCCGUGCAGACAACAUACACACGAUUCAGAAGGCGAUGUGUCAGGCGUUCUCGGUGCCUCCGGGCUCAGAGUGUCGUCUGUGGAUGAAGAGUUCGGACAGCAGCUGCGAGCGUCUCAGGAACUUGCACGUGAGCGUGCUGGACGCCUGUUUGAGCUCAGGCAUGACGGUGAUCAUGGAGACGAGGAAUGCUGACGGCACCUGGCCGAGCUCCAGGCCUCAAAUCAUGAGGAACUCUGUGGAGGAGCAGGACUCGUACCGAGGACAGUCUGGAGUCUGCGGCCUCACCAACCUGGGCAACACCUGCUUCAUGAACUCUGCUCUACAGUGUCUGAGUAACACGCCUCCUCUGACCGAGUACUUUCUGCAGAGCUCCUACCUGGAGGAGCUGAACUUUACAAACCCUCUGGGAAUGAAGGGGGAGAUCGCCGAGGCCUACGCUGACGUCAUCAAACAGAUGUGGUCGGGGAGGCAUUACUCUGUGGUGCCACGUGUCUUCAAGACAAAGGUCGGCCACUUUGCGUCUCAGUUCCUCGGGUACCAGCAGCAUGACAGUCAGGAGCUUCUCUCCUUCCUGUUGGACGGACUCCAUGAAGAUCUGAACCGAGUCAAAAACAAAGAGUACAUCGAACUGCGGGACGCUGAGGGACGACCUGACCAGGAAGUGGCAGAGGAGGCGUGGCGUAACCACCGCCGGCGGAACGACUCGGUGAUCGUCGACACAUUCCACGGUCUCUUCAAGUCCACACUCGUCUGUCCAGAGUGCCACAAGGUCUCUGUGACCUUCGACCCCUUCUGCUACCUGAGCGUCCCACUUCCUGUCAGCAAGGAGCGCGUCAUGGAGGUCUUCUACGUCUCUCUGGACCCUUACGCCAAGCCCGUCCAGCAUCGUGUUGUGGUUCCUAAAGCAGGAAAAGUGUCGGACCUCUGCUCUGCUCUGUCAGAGAUGACCAGCGUCCCCCCCACACAGAUGGUGGUAGCGGAUGUUUUCAACCAUCAUUUCUUCAAGAUCUACAACGCUGACGAAUCUCUGAGCUGCAUUCUGGACCGAGACGACAUCUUUGUGUAUGAGCUCAGCGUGCAGGAGGAGCAGCAGGAGGAGCAGCAGGAGGAGCAGGUGCUGCUCGCCCUCUACCUGAGGGAGCGCUCUCACUACAGAGACUACGGCUCCGGCAGCAGCUCGUACGGCACGUCGCUGUUCGGACACCCGCUGCUGCUCGGCGUGCCACGCAGCAGCUGCAGCCAGGAGGCGCUCUACAACCUGUUCCUGCAGAGACUCGCGCGCUAUGUGCGACGUCCCGAUCCUUCUGAGGAGUUGGAGGAAGAGGAAGAAGACGACGAUGAAGAGGAGCUGUACAAGACUCAGACCAACGGCAUCAGUGACGAUGAGCAGCAGGAGGAAGCAGAGAAAGUUGAUCCCUCUCAGACUCAACUCUCUGAAGAUGCCGCGGCAAACAGCCAACCGGACGCCACCGCUAACGCCGACCCCCCCCCUGAACUCAACCACACGCAGGAGACGACCAACGGGUCAGGGAGCCAGACUGAGCUCCUCACCAGCGCCGAGGGUAACGACGCCAACUGCUCCAGCAAUGAGAACUCCUGUGGAAACCCGAGCAGGACCGCCGACGCCACCUCGGAAUCGCCGGCAGAACAAACGCCACGGCCCGGUGAGGAGGAGAGAGAGGAGGACAAGCAGGAGGAGGCGUGUUCUCCCAGCCCGCUGACCGUCGAGCAGCCGACCAAGAGGAGGGCGUGUCGCAAGAGGAGGAAGAGUUUGUUCACCAUCCAGGCCGUCAACUCCAACGGGACGACCGAGAGAGGGUCGGGAGAGGGAGGGAGCGCCGUGUCCUUCAGCUGUAAGGACCUGGACUUCUCCGACUGCCUCCUGAGGAAAAAUCUGUCCAAUGGGGAGCCUCCGAGCUGCUAUGACCUCAUCGCUGUGUCCAAUCACUACGGAGGACUCCGAGAUGGACAUUACACCAGCUACGCCAAGAACAAGGACAACGGGCAGUGGUAUUACUUUGACGACAGCAAGGUGACGUACGCCAGAGAGCCCCAGAUCGUGACCAACGCUGCCUACGUCUUGUUUUACCACCGACAAGACAAAAUCAGAAAACCCACUCUGCCCCCUCCCAGCACAAGCCCCGCCUCCUCCACUCCCCAGCCCGCCAAUGACGCCAUCACUUCCUGUAAGGACGACAACGCUGAGCUGGGCGCUUCCUCGUACGUCACCAUGGAAACAGACUAAACGAAAAGAUUGAGUUUUAUUCUACUUUCUGGUAAUUAGUUGUUUUUUUUACUUCAUCAGGCCUUUUGCUCUUUUUUUAAUUUCACUGUUUCUCAUCAACACUUGAACUUGAUUUGACUCUGACCUGAUUAUCUUUAAUCCUCGUUAACAAUCAGCCGCUCAUCAUCAUCAUCGGUGUUAAAUUAGUUCCACAAAGAAAACGAAUUAAAUCAUCCAUUCGAUUUUUAAGUAAUAUUUGGAAAUUAAUAUUAAAGGCUUUUAAAUGUCAUGGUUCAGUUUUACACUUUUAACUUCACACAGAAGCCAAACACGGUAUUCAACGAUUGUUUACGUCAUUAAAUAUUUAUUGAUCAUAAGAUUCAGUUGAACAUUUUUUUAGUAAAAUAUUUUAACACCAUUUCAUUAUAAUCUAAAAGAUUUGAAGCAGAUUUAAACGUGCGACUUUACAUAUCUUCAAAUUAAAGUCGCAGAGUUAACACAGUUUACGUCCGUGAGGUUUUACCGUUCAACUGAAUUCAAAAGAAAACUGUUAUUACAGUGGAGCCGUGCGAUGGGGAUUAUGGGUAAUCAGCAGUGUUUAUAAUAGAUUAUAUUAGACGAAGCUGCCAGGGAUAAUAAGUCUUUCUUUGUAUAUUUUGAAAGUUUCUUUCCUUUAUUUAUUUUUAAUUGACUAAAUUCAGCAGUUUUAUUUUUCCUCAUUGAUUUUAUCGAUCGACUGGUGCAGGACAUUAAGAUGCUUAUUUUUUGUAUUUAUAGAUAAACAUUUGUAACCAGACAGAAUGACAGGUUGAAUUUUCUUUUCCGGUCUGAGCAGAGAGACGGACGCAGGUAAAGUUUUCUCUCUGUGGUCAGUGAGCGCUUCAUUUCUUCAAACCUGCUGUGUACAGUAUUUUUAUAUCAUGUAAGAAAUGUAUUAUUAUCAUUCCUGGGUGGAGCCGGAGGGAAGCUUGGGGCGAUUUCUUUCUUUGGUCUUCCCUGUCAAUUAUCAGAUGAAAAUAUUUUAUUGUACUUUCAAUUGUUUUGAUAUGAAUAAAAGGGUUAUUAUCACAA